AUCAGUAUUUAAGUUUGCACUAGUGCACUUUUUGUUUUUUUGUUGUUGAAUAAUUUACAUUUUAUUUGAUAAACCAUUUGAUUUUUAAAAACUAGAAAACUUUUAGCUUUAACACCUUUAACCUUGAAAGAAAAACUUUCGGUGUUCUGUAGGUAAGAUGUAAACAUAUCCACUAAAGGUAAAUUAGCAGAUUGACCUUUUCAAAAGUCGGCUUCGAUCAUUAUAAAUUUUUUUUUUUGAUACUAAACACGAGAUAACAAAAGCAAGCGCCAGGAUCAAGACCGAAUUUAAAAUUAAAACCAACAAGCCGAACGCAUUGUAGUUCUCUAAUGGGUUCCCUAUGCUCACAAGCGAAUUGACGUCACAACCGGUCACAGCCAACGACAGCGCGCUUCAAGGAUACAUGUAUACAGCAACUGUGUGGACAUUUUAAACAAGUAAUACAAUAAAAUAAAAUAUAAUAAAGAUAAUGAAUAAAUAAAAGAUAUAAAAUUAAAAAAUAAAGGAGUUUCGUUUAAAUGGUUUUUAAAAUGCACGUGGCCUUCCGAGUAAUGUUCAUUGACUUGAAAUCACCUCAGCAACAACGAAUAACACCCUGUCUACACUUCAAAAUAAAAAAUAUAAGCAGGGGCCUGCGGGCCAAAAAAGGAAAACGUCACAGUCGACAUCCGUCACGCGAAAAUGUUCAGAGACGCGCGCAGACCGAUAGACUACGUAAUAGCGGUCAAACCAAACAACAUGGACCGCCUGGCCACUUACCUCGAGAAUCUGGAGGCGUUGGGAUUGGAGUUCGAAACCGAACCCGGCCAGGCCGUAGAUCUCGUCUUCGUCAAAGUUCACCUCCCGAAAACUGCGCUCGAACACUUUUCCGAUAUCUACGACGUCGGCAAAGAGGAACCGCCCCCGCCGAGUGUCGACACCGGGAAAUUUACUCAUCCGUUUCCCACGCCGGCGUCAAGGAUAUCGCCGAAACGGAAGGGGCAAAUUACAAACGCGGAAAGGAUCAUGAUCGCGUACCGCGUGCUCCAGAACACCCAGUACGGGCCCGCCGAUGUAGAUUACGGCAUAGAAAAAUUAAUUCGUUCUGGGGUGGUCGCGGACGCGUAUCCUUUGCAUGAGACUGGCGGAGGGCGGACCAAUCAGAAUGACCGUGAGCUCCUUCUGACUCACUUUGCCAACAUGGCCUCGGUGCACAAGCAAGUACCCGCGGACCUAAUCAAGAAGUAUUUAGGUCCGGAGAUCGCCUUCUACUUCGCCUGGUUGGAGUACUUUAAUUUGAUGUUAGUGUUCCCGGCCUUGUUGGGGGCGGUGAUCUUCUUCGUAGCAACGGUUUUCCCUGCUUCGCGCUACACGUAAGCAGCCGAAAUACGAAACGCUCACGACGGGACGAAACCGCCGGUCGGUUUCAGAUCCGACGUAUGCGAGGCGACGGACGUGUACCUGUGCCCGACUUGCGAGAACAGAAAGAGUUGCCGAUUCAAGCCGCUUUCGCGGUUCUGCGCGUACGGCCGUUGGACACAAACCUUCGACAACAACUUCACCGUGUUC